AUGCAGGCCACUCGCCGUGUAGCAGCAAGGCUGCCUCCAGGCCUCGUACGAGCCCCAGCUGUCUCAGGCUCAUGGUCACCCGCUGGCACGCUGGCCUUUACGAGACAUGUGGCGUCGACCGCAGCGGCUGCUGAGGCUGCUCAGCCAACACCGCAGCCAGCACAAACGAUUCCUCCUCCAACAGUGAGCGGUCUUUCGCGCCGGGAGCGUAUCCGCGAGGCCAAGCCCUUCUCGGAGUUCCUGACCGACACCUUCCACCGAGAGCAUGACUAUCUGCGCAUAUCGCUCACCGAACGGUGCAACCUGCGAUGCGUAUAUUGCAUGCCGGAGGAAGGUGUGCCGCUGUCUCCGGAUAGGGAACUCCUCACAACGCCAGAGAUUAUCAUGCUGUCGUCCAUCUUUGUGUCUCAAGGCGUAAACAAGAUCCGACUUACCGGAGGAGAGCCGACAGUUAGACGAGACAUCCUUUCUCUGAUGCAUCAACUCGGCACUUUACGCCCGUACGGACUCAAGCAGCUGUGCAUAACCACCAAUGGCAUCUCACUGCAUCGAAAACUUGACAGCAUGAUCGAGUCUGGGCUCACCGGUGUAAAUCUGAGCCUUGAUACCCUGGAUCCGUGGCAAUUCCAGAUCAUGACUAGGAGAAAGGGCUUCGAUGCCGUCCAGAAAAGCAUCGACCGCAUCCUGGAGCUCAACAAGCUCGGCGCAGGAAUCAAGCUAAAGAUCAAUUGCGUUGUGAUGCGCGGCCUAAACGACCGAGAAAUCAUCCCGUUUGUCGAGAUGACUCGGGAGAAGGAUCUCGAAGUGCGCUUCAUCGAGUACAUGCCCUUUGACGGCAACAAGUGGAACAAGGGCAAGAUGUUUUCAUAUAAUGAGAUGCUGGACGUGAUCCGAGCUGAGUAUCCCGGACUGCAAAAGGUCCGAGACGGAAAAAAUGACACGAGUAAGACUUGGAAAAUCCCCGGCUUUGAAGGUCGUCUCGGCUUCGUCACGAGCAUGACGCAUAAUUUCUGCGGCUCUUGCAAUCGGCUCCGCAUCACGAGCGACGGAAACCUCAAGGUUUGUCUCUUUGGAAACGCCGAGGUAUCUCUACGAGACAUCUUGCGCAAGUCCAACAGCGGAGAACCCAUUGAUGAGGAAGCGUUUGAGGCCAUGAAACAAAUUGAGAUGAACCGUCGACAGGGCCUCGGGGGUACAUCUGAUGCCCCCCUAGGGAUGGCACCAAACGAGGCCGAGCUCCUUGACAUAAUCGGAAUGGCAGUGAAGAGAAAAAAGGCGAAGCAUGCUGGUAUUGGUCAGUUAGAGCACAUGAAGAAUCGGCCAAUGAUCUUGAUAGGUGGGUAA